AUGGGCGUGCGGCGGGCGCUCGCGCUGGCCGCCGUGGCCGUACUCGCCGUGGCUGGGAUGCUGGGUUGGUUGAGCCAAGGCGCGCGGUGCAGCGCCGCGUCCGUGCCCGGCUCGCACGCGGGCGGGGCGGAGGCCGUCGGUGGCGCCGAGGAGCCCUCGCGGAGGCAGCUGGAUCACCUGGACGAGACCGUGGAGGUCACGGACGCGGACUCUCCGCUCUCGAACUACCAGCUUGCGAGCUUUCCCAUCACGAACAGCGACGACCAGGCCGCGUUCGGGUUCUCGAACACUCCGUUCAACUGGGACGCGUCGUCGUACCGGCCGCCGAUCAACCACAACAGGCCGGGCUACGACAACAUCGCGUGCUUCACGUUCGCGAGCAACCACCCGUACGGCGCGCAAAUGGACAGCAUCAGCGUCGACCCCGUCAACGGCACGGUCGCAGUGUCGGUGACGUGCUACCUGGCCACCCGCCUCGCGAGGAUUCCGGUGGUUGGCGGCACGAACGACAUGAUCGAGGGCGCCGUGAUGCUGUACUCGUACAACUCGGCCACGCAGCGCCUGGAGAGUCCGCAGCUGGUCCUGCCCGCGUUCGACCGCCACGUGCGCCGCCCGGGCCUGCCCACUCGCACGCAGGUGGCCGUGCGCAACAACACCCUCGUGGUCUACCACCGCCCGAGCUGCGGGACGGACCCGGGCGUCCUCGCGCUGUACAUCUACGAGAAGCAGCCGGGCGGCUCGUGGUCGCUGGCGCACGGGGGCGUGGGGUCAAACAGCGUGGAGGGUCUGACGGGACACAAGCUGGACGUGGCGGACACGUACUGCGAUGCGUCGCGGCCGCUGCAGGGGCUGCAGGUGUACGCCGCGGCGGACGGCUCGAACGUGCGCGUCGUGCUCGGCAUCCCGGGCCACACGCGCAACGUCGGGCGCGUGGUGCUGCUGGCGAAGGGCGGCGGCGGGCAGUGGGACCACGCGGCGGGGUCGCCGAAGAUCGGCACGGCGUCGGCGUACGGGCACUCGCUGCACAUGAGCUCGAAGUGGCUGCUGAUCGGCGACAAGGACACGAUUCGCGUGUACGCGGUGAACGCCACCGCGGCGCCGUCGCAGACGGUGACGCGGUCGCUGCAGUACAACUGUCCGACGCUCGCGGAGGGCGGGCUGCUGUUCAGCUACGACGACAGCAAGGACGCGACGCUCGGCGGCGCCGGGAAGAUCCGCGUGUGGUCGUCGUGCGGGUGCAACAGCGGCGCGACGUGCGACACGUCGAGCCCCGCGGGCAACAACGGGCUCGGGACGUUCACGCAGCUGGUGCUGUGGGAGAUCAGCGAUGGAACGUCCGCCGCGCGCUGGGACGCCGCGCCCUCGGCCGGCCUCGUCGCGCCUGAAAACUGGUGCUCCGUGGGGAAGAAGGCCACCACCACGAUCACGCGCUGCCGGACGCUGUACGUCCCCGGGAGCCGCACGGCGUACCUCGGGUGCCCCGAGGACAACCAGCUGACGUCGCCGGAGUUCCCGCAGGCGGGCGAGGUCGUCGUGGUCGGUCUGACGGCGAGCGGGACGUCCCCGGGGGUCUCCUGCGCGCCGCGCGAGCUCGUGACGACGGUCAAGCCGGAGCCGCUCGGCGCGGUGGGGCGCGCGCUGCAGCCCGCGCCGGCCGCGAACGGCAUCGUCGUUGGCGCGCGGAACUACCUGUCGCUCCUGACUCCGUCUGCCACGACCCGCGUCAGCACUCUGACCGGCAACGGGACGAUGACGGCGCUGCAGACGAUCGUGCCGCCGAGCGCCGCGAGCGGCGAGGCGUUCGGCGAGGCCGUCGUGUCCACCGGCGUCGUGCUCGCGAUCGCCGACCCGAACAACAACGGCCGUCGCGGCGCCGUGUACAUUUACCGGCGGCUCGCGACCGCCGCCGCGACGCCGUACCGCACGUCGCCGGACGCGACGAUCACGUUCCGCACGGGCACCUCGCGCUGCGGCGCCGUGCUCGCGCUCAUCACCACGGCCACGGGCGGGCAGCGCAUGGCCGUGACGUGCCCGUCGACGCAGUGCAACUCGGCGGGGCAGAACUGCCAGGGCGCGGUGUUCGUGGUGGACGGCAGCUCGGACGGCCGCACGUGGAGCUCGCCCGUCGAGAUCACGCGCCCCGCCGCGCUGUCGACGACGUCCACUUUCGGUUCGGAUGUGCACCUGGCGGUGGACAAGCUCGCGGUGGGCGUGGACGCGCAGACGCAGGCGAAGCACCUCGUGUACGUGUACCAGCGGAGCGCGACGGGGACGUGGAGCGAGUUCGGAGCGCCGCUGGAGUUCCCCAACCCUGCGCGCAUGCGCGGCACGUGGGUGGGGUUGGCGACGGAUGGGAACAAGCUCGCGGUGGGCGUACCGGGCAUGCCGUACGCCGGGCUGAGCCCCGCGCAGUUCCCGGAGAUCAUCCUCCCCUGCCGGCACCUCUGCUCCCCCGUGGACCUCUCGACCAACCCCCGGGGGGGAGUGAUGUUGUAUGAGCUGCAAAACGGGGUGUACAACCUGACGACGGCGCUGCACCACGGGUCCUGCACGACCACCGUGGGCUGCGGCGUCAGCGUCGACGGCGCCGGCGCCGCCUUCACCGUCGCCGCGCGCACGUGCACGCGCCUCGGCUUCUCAUCCACGCCAUCGGUGACGUCCGCGCAGCCGCGCCUGCACGUCUGGCGGCCCUCGACCGCGCUCGCGGCGCGCUGCUCGAGCCGCUGGAAGGGCGCCGACCUCCCCGUGCUCCAGACCGCGAACGCGCUCAUCACCGGCGAGAACCGCCUCCGCACGAGCCUGUACGGUGCGUCGCUCAUUAGCGGCGACGACGUGUUCUGGUCCGAGGCGCUCGAGACGUACGCGAACCGCAUCCAGGCCGGCACCGUCGGCGCGUACAAGAUCGCCGGCAACGGCGUGCCCCUGCGGUUCGAAUCGGGCCGCCAGGCCGAGCCCUCGCCGAAUCGCUUUGCGUGGUUUGGCUCGGGCAUCGCGUACGACACCAACGGGCAGCUGCUGGCCGUGGGCGCCGCGAACGCGUCGACCUCGACGACUGCGCUCGGCGGCGGCCGCGUGCACGUGUUCCGGUACGUCCCGCAGGUCCUGACGUGGCCGGUGUCGAGUGCGGCGCCGGCGCGGACGGUGACGGGCGGGGUCGCGCUGCAGCCGACCGCGGUGACGACGUCGAGCGUCGACUCGCAGCUCGGCGCCGCGGUGUACGUCGGCGUCGCGCGCGCGAUCGUCUCGCGGCAGUACGUCGCGGAUGCCUCCGGGCUGCGCUUCCUGGCGUUCGACGUGUACCGCAACGACACGGCCGCGGCGCGCGCCGCGGCCUCGGGCUGGGCGUACAUGGAGACGGUCGAGCACGUCGACGAGGUCGGGUGCUCGUUCCUGCGCGCGUGCAUCGCGACGAACACCCUGGCGUUGACGCUGUCGUGCCGCUCGACGGCCCAAGGCGGGUUCACGGGCCGCAAGAUGAUCGUGUACCGCCGCGGCGCGACGGGCACGUGGGUGUCGACGACCGCGGACGCCGGCGGCCGCAACGUCGACCUCGGCUACACGAAGCUCAGCGACACGUACGGCGACAACGUCGCGUGCGUCAGCGACGACCUCGUGGCGACGGUGUCGCGCCCGUGCGUCGAGUCGAGCACCGUCGGCCUGCGCCGCGGGCUGCAGCAGGCGGCCACGACGUGCGCCGAGCUCUACGGCCGCCUCUACCUGUACUUUUACAACAGCGCCAGCGGGAGGUACGAGAACCUGUGGACGCAGCAAAGCCCGGUGUCGAUCGACGGGUUCGGGACGUCGAUGGCGGUGUGGCGCCGCGGCGGCGACGACAACUGGAUCGUCGUCGGCGCGCCGUACUCGAGCAACAUCUCGCCCUUCCUUCGGCACGGCGUGGCGUACGUGUACAACGUCAAGAAGGUCCUCGGCGGGAUCCUGCUGGAGCUCACCGCGACCGUGAACCCGCCGGAUCCGCGCAACGCGGGGUACUUCGGCGCCUCCGUCGCGAUCGACGCCUCCCAGAUGGUGAUCGGUGAGCCCGGAAAGCGCGAGUUCGUUGCCGCGGCCAACGCCGGCAAGAUCCACCUGCUGCUGUACCCGGAGCUGCAGACCGGGACCGUGAAGCCGCACACGACGGUGGCGGGGAACCCGACGGCGGACGGGCGGCAGUACGGCGUGUUCGGCGCGGCGGUCGCGGUGUUCCAGAGCCACGUUGCGGUGCUGAGCUAUGCGGAGCGCGUGAAGACGGCGCGGCGGAGCAGCAGCAGCGCGGCGAGCUCGCGGAAGCUCGCGCAGGCGACGACGCCCGCGGCGACGGCGGCGGCGGCGGCGACGGCCGCCGGGCAGAUCAACUUCUUCGUGCGCACGGCGAACACCGCCGCGCUGACGCACGUGCCGUCCGCGACGAUCGACCUCGCGCACACGUUCCCGGCAUUCUUCACGGAGGUCAAGAUCCCCGUGUCGCUCCAGGGCGCGACAGACCGCGCUCUCGUGGGGGACUCCGCGGCACCGCUGUCGGUGUCGGACUCGUUCUGGUCGUCGCGCUCGGGCUCCGUGGGGACCGCGCAGUUCGUCAAGGUCGCGGCGAACCCCUCGCUGCCGCCGGCGACGGCGCAGUUCGUUCCGCCGCCUCCCACGAACCCGCCGGCCGCGACGCCCGCGCCCGCCGUGACGGCGGCGCCGCCCACCACGCCCGCGCCGCCGCCGACGACGACGCCGGGGCCGACGACGACGGGCGCGCCGCUGUCGCAGGAGCAGCGCCGCCCGGGCGUGUGGGUCACGCGCCCGCUGUGCAGCCGGCCCGAGCUGUGGGAGGACGCUCAGUUCUUCAUAGAGCCAGUCCGCUGUUGGACUCUGAAUUUCGAUGUCGGAUCCGUGACGUUCUCCCAAGGGUUCGCGCCGGCGUGCCGGAGCAAGGUGCUCCCGCUGCGCGCGAACUGCACGAUCCGCGUCACCUCCGCGACGGUCCUGCCCGUCGACAUCGGCGCGACCAACGUCGUCGUGCGCGGCCCCGGCGGGGGGGACUUUUCCGAGCUCGGCGUCACGACGAGCUCGAUCCGCACGGUCGAGCCGCAGCUCGCGUACGAGAUCGACCUCUUCACCGGCACUGCGUGGGAGGGCGACGUGACGAUCGAAGUCACACCCGGAAAGGUCCCUGUGCGCACGGGUGCCACGCGCAUGUCCAACACGCUGACGCUCAGCAAGGACACGGUCAACCCCGUGCUGGACAUCGUGCUGCCAGGGUUCUCGAUCUUCUCCGCGGACACGUACACCUUCCUGCUCGACUACGGCGAGCCCAUCGCCGCGAUCGGCACGAAGCUGCUGGAGCUCUUUAGCCUGACGAACGCGCUGCCGGUGAACGUGGGGUACCUGCCCGAGGACGGCGUAGUCAGCGUGGAGAUCCGGCCGGUCGAGGCCGGCGACAUCACGAUCACGGGCUUCGGCGGCACGACGGACCUGUUCAACAACACCUGUCAGGAGGUGGUGAAGACGAUUCGGUACUCGCCGCAGGCGAUCGCGGAGGGCACGAUCACGACGACGGCCACGACGGUCGCCGCGGGCCUCGUCGGCGGCGCGAUGGCCGGCGCCGUCGUCGGCGCGGCGGCGUCGGCCGCCAGCGCGCCCGCGGGCGCCGCGCCGUCCGGGGCGGCGGGCGCGGGAGGGGUGAUGACGUUCGGCAUGUUCCUGCAGCGGCAGGACUACCUGAACAACGUGCAGGUCGACGACUCCCUCGGGAGCUCCAAGGCGAUGACGUCGUCGACGGGCUUCUCGACGCUCAACGUGGCGGGCCCCUGGGAGGGUCCGCUGUCCUUGGGGGGGAGUGGCAGCUCGUCGACGAACGAGACGUUCGAGGCGACGGUCGGCCGGCGGCUCUCGAGCGUCCUCGACGCGCCCGCCGCGCUCCGCCGCGGCGCCGGCGGCCCCGAGCGCCGCCGCAUGCCGUUCCGCGCCCUCCGUGCGCGCGGCCGCGGCGCGCAGGGCUUCGCCGUGGUCGACGCGCGCGUCCUCCAGGCCGGCAACGCCACCGCGACGACCCCGCCGGCCGCCACCAGCCCCCCCGAAGCCACGACCGACGCCGUCCUCGAGGCCAACGAGGCGGCGUUCCCGAUUCUGCCCUCGCCGUGGGACAUGGUCAUUCGACGCGGUUUCUGGCUGCUGAUCAUCCUGGUCGCGCUGACGGUGCUGCAGAUAUCGCUCCAGCUCGCGCUUCACGCGUUCGGGCGGCGCAUGGUCAAGAUCCUCCGAUUCCCGCGCCCGCAACUGCACCUGUUUGUGUUCCUGGCGCCGGUGGUGGUCGACACCGCCGCGCGGCUGAUCGACGGCGGCAACGGCGGCGAGGUCUUCAUCGGCAUCGUGGCCAUCGUGCUCAUCCCCGGCACCGUCGUCCUCUGCUCCAUCUGGAUCGUCCUGGCCACGCAGGUCCGCCGCGACUCGUUCGAGCGGCUCGUGUACUACCAGGUGUCGGAGAUCGACGCCAAGCGGUUCGACUUCAAGCUCCAGUACGGGGACUCGUGGUUCACGACGAUCCUGCGGUUCAUCGGCAUCGCGCGGCGGCACCCCGAGGGGGAGUGGGUGUACGCCGGUCCCCGGGGGGAGGUUUUGCUGGGCACGUGGGGCCCGCUGAUCGAGGAGUUCUCCGGGCCGAUCGUCGUGCGCCGCGGCGCGACGUUCGACCUGGACCCGGACAUCCACAAGUUCGACCGGGGGUACUUGGAGCACUACAGACCCCCCCCGGUGCGUUUCCUGCCGUGGAACUGGCGGACGUACAAGCCGAAGCCGAUCGCGCACGAGGACGAGGAGGCGUUCGAGGGGUCGGAGAAGGGCACGCGGAGCGGCGACGGCGGGCGCACGUCGUCCUUCACGGCCUCCGAGGGCGGCGCGAUGCCGGCGCGCGACGCGUACGGAGCGACGUCGGACGUCGACGCCGGCGACAUCGGCGUUGCGACGCCGGGGAAGCGCGGCAUGCGGUACGGCGGGGAGUUCGGCGAGCGCAGGGGCCCGGACGACCUUGACGACAUGUCAGACCCGGAGGUUGACGCGGGGGGGGAGUUAUACCUCGGAGGGGCGGCGGACGGGGCCGGGACGCGGCGGCCCGCGGCGCGGACGCGCGGGCCGGAGCCGCAGACGUUCAUGGACGUUGAGCACGGGCGCAAUGACGCGGGCGCGGGCCCGAGCAACCCGCCAGCGCGCGGCCCGCGCCGCGGCAUCGGGAGCCGGCAGCCCGACGGCCCCGGCGGGUUCGGCGAGGGCCAGGAGGACCUCAAGUACUACACGAACCAGCUCGCUUACGACGACGCGGACGCGGCCUCGCAGCAGAGCAUGGACGACGCAGCGGUGCGUUCCCUGGGCAACUUCAGCGCCACGCCGGGGGACACCGAGUCGACGGGGUUCACGACGAUCGAGGACGAGGAGGACCUGCGCGCGCGCGCGCGCAUGACCGCGAUGAUGUACGUGCGCGCGUCGACCAACGUCACGCGCACCGCCGUGGUCGGCCUCUUUGCCUUCGUGGCGAACUUCCGCGGCCUCACGCCCGUCGUCCAGGCCGUCCUCCUCGCCAUCCUCGGCCUCGUCAACAUCGUCUACCUCGUCGCGCUCGACCCCUACGCGGCGGACAUCGACCGGAUCUCGGACUGGAUUGGCGGCGCCAGCGAGAUGGGUCUCUACGUGUCCACCGCGGCGCUCGUGCUCGGCGUGGAGGUCCGCAGCGACCCGAAGGAGCGCCUCGACUACGCCGAGAAGUGCGGCUUCGCGGUGCUGAUCUUCAUGGCCAUCGCCUGGGGGAGCUACAUCAUCUGCAUGCUCCUCGAGAUCUACACCGUCGCCUGCGACACCUGGGACGGGCUCAUCAAGCCGCUGUGCUGCCCGUGCCUCGACCGCGCGCGCCUCGACGACGUCGUCGAUGACGUGACGAGGGAAAUCCGGGAGGAGGUGCUGAUGAAGAAGUACGCCAACCGGUGGCUGUGCUACGUGUUCGACGAGCCCCUGCAGGGCUGGCCGCGGCUCAGCCCGCUCACGGCGGCCGAGCGCAAGGUCCUGCGGCACAAGGUCAUGCGCAAGCGCGCGGCGGCGCUUGGGAUGACGAUGGCGGAGCUGAAGGACUACCUGAAGCGGCGGCACGGCGUGCACAGGAAGGAGGCGCGGGAGGCGCGGCGGAUGGCCAAGGCGAUCGCCAAGGUGGAGGCGAAGCAGGAGAAGAAGCUGGUCAAGAUGGGCACGUUCCGGGACAAGUUUACGGCGCUGGCCAGCAAGCUGAAGCGCGCGGAGAUGGAGACGGAGGGGCUGCAGGCGGCGACGUUCACGGACGAGGCGGACGCGGGGCGGAAUGACCGUGAGCGUCUGUGA